AUGUUUACGAUUUGGUGGAAUUCACAGUUUGAUAGCGCUAGAAAUCUAAGGAUUCACUUAGAAGCCAUACAAGUACUUAGCGAUCUGAACCUUUUAGUUAAGAAGGCAUACAUUUCUUCUGAUGUCAACUGGUUCAUGGAUGGUAAGCUAAUUUUCCAUUCUCUUUCAAAUAAGCUAACUAAUGAAAGUGUUUUAAGAAAUAUUGAACAAUCACUUGGCAGCAUUCACAAUGGAAAAGCCAAAAAAAUAAAUGGUCUAAUUGCCUUGGAAUUAACGGGCUCAGGCCGUAUUGGUCUUCUUUCGGAGGUAUUUGGUGUUUUAGCUGAGCUGCAAUAUGAUGUGGUCGAUGCUAAAGUUUGGACUCAUAAUGGCCAUUUUGCUUCCUUAAUCUACGUAGAAGAUUGCGAUUCUGUGAGUCCUAUUGAGGAUUCUAAGAAAUUUAAGAGCGUUCAAGCACGUUUAAUGUCUGUUUUAAAGGCAGACAAUAACAUUACAAAUGCUAAAACAUUCAUCUCUUAUGAUGUUGUACACCCUGAUAGAAGACUCCACCAAAUGAUGUUUGUUGAUCGUGAUUUCCAAAAGAAUCCCAUUUUCAAGUAUACUUCUGAAACACCAUUAGUCACUGUCCAAAAUUGGGUUGAAAUGGGUUAUUCGGUGGUUAAUGUUUAG